AUGUAUGUACCUGCGAAGGCAUAUUCCACUUGGGUUCAAACCGAACUAAAUAAGGAUUACAUCUCUCUUUAUAAUAUCGUCGAAUGCACCUUGUCCAAGGGCAUUCAGACUGACCACGAGAUUUAUGAAAACAUUUUGGAUGCUUUAUAUAAUAUAUCAUUUGAUGGCAAUACUGAUGCUAGUAUUUUUAGAUCUACUACUUUGGGGUUAAGAAAUAAAGCAAGAGAACUGGACAUAUCCAUCAGUGAUGAUUGGAUUUCUAGAAGAAUUCUGAAAUCGUUAAAAGGAAACUAUGCUGGUAUCAACGCAGAUUAUCUUAAAAUAUCAGGUAGCUAUGAUUUAGAAGAAUUACUAUUUACAAUUCAAAAAAAGUCGUCAGAAAUAGCAGGGUUAUCUAAAAAUUUCUAA